CACGAACGCGCGCGCACGCAUACGAGAGUACUCAAACACAAGCACACACACACACACACACACUCACGCACACACGCACACAUUCAGAGCUGGGAAGUUCGUACUGCCUCACUGGUCGCAGAGAACAACAGGCUUUCUAGAAAGUCAGGACCGCCAGCCAGGAGAGAGGAAGGUGCGGACAAGCUGCCCAUGGCUGACUUGAGCUUCAUUGAAGAUUCUGAACCCUACACUGGGAAGGAGGAAGAUGAUGAAGAAGAAGAGGAGGAGGAGGGUGUGGAGUGGGGUUACGAGGAAGGAGUUGAGUGGGGCUUGGUAUUUCCUGAUGCUAAUGGAGAAUAUCAGUCUCCUAUCAACUUGAAUUCAAGAGAAGCCAGAUAUGAUCCUUCACUGCUGGAUAUCCGUCUGUCUCCAAAUUAUGUGGUGUGUCGUGAUUGUGAAGUCACCAAUGACGGACAUACGAUUCAGAUUGUUCUCAAAUCAAAAUCAGUCCUUACAGGAGGACCUUUGCCUCAAGGACAUGAAUUUGAACUAUAUGAAGUCCGAUUUCACUGGGGGAGAGAAAAUCAGCGUGGUUCUGAACAUACUGUUAACUUCAAAGCUUUCCCCAUGGAGCUUCAUCUCAUCCAUUGGAAUUCCACCCUUUAUAGCAGCAUUGAUGAGGCUGUGGGGAAAACACAUGGAAUAGCUAUUAUUGCUUUGUUUGUUCAGAUAGGAAAAGAGCACAUUGGCUUGAAGGCAGUAACUGACGUUCUCCAGGAUAUUCAGUACAAGGGGAAGACUAAAAUAAUACCCUGCUUUAAUCCAAACACUUUGUUACCAGAUCCUCUUCUGCGUGAUUAUUGGGUGUAUGAAGGCUCCCUUACCAUCCCACCUUGCAGUGAAGGUGUUACUUGGAUCUUAUUCCGAUACCCUUUAACUAUAUCGCAGAUACAGAUAGAGGAAUUUCGAAGACUGAGGACCCAUGUUAAAGGUGCAGAACUCUUAGAGGGCUGUGAUGGAAUUUUAGGGGACAACUUCAGACCCACUCAGCCACUUAGUGACAGAGUAAUUCGAGCUGCAUUCCAAUAGCCAAAGAGAUCAAGAAUGAAUUAAUCUUCAUCCAGGGAGGGGGAGACAAUGGUCCCACAGUGCCCUCGGAUGAGAAAUGGAAACUGUGGAGCCGCUGCUUCAGUUUACUCACAAAGCCCGCAUUGUCUGCCUUCAUCUCAUUCCACCUUGAUAGACAGCUCUGACAGUUGCUCCCUCCACACAAUCAAAUGAAAUUCUAGAAAUGGCUAUAUGUUGAAAAGAACCAUGUUACAUUCUCAAGUCACUACUGUUAAUGUUCUCUAAGUAUUCUUAUUUUUGCAUUACAGUGUUUUAUAGUUGGGUGCAACAUGAAUGAUGCUAGUUUUUUUCUGGUUUGUUGUAAAUGUGAAUGUGUAGCAUGUAUCAGUUUUGUAGACAGUUGGGAAAAAUCAACCCCUGACAUUAGUAAUUCUUCAUUUCCUGACUGUAACUGAAAAUUCUACUCACUCAAUGAACAGUGUAAUUCAUGAUAAUAAAAUACAUGUUUCAAUCAAGAAGAGCAUACAACUUCAAAAUGUGGUAUAAAAGCAUAGUGUAGAAAAAGAUUUUGCCUAGCUUUCUCUCUCCGUUUCUAUACGUCUCUACCAAAAGUAUAUCUAAAUAUAUUUCAUGUGGAGUGCAAACACUUGGGAGUCUUAUCUUUGUACAUAGAGAGUAUGGAAAAUGUUUUGGUAAUUAUCAACCUGAUGGAAUAUACACAAUGUAUAUAUAUCUUAUGUUUUAAGAAGAUCAAAUCUACUUGAGGUACUAGAAGCUAUAUAGGGAUCAGCAGAUAAAUAGAACAGAACAGACAGGACAGACAGGAUGUGAAAGAGAAUGAUUUUUUAAAAAAAGUACUCAGAUUCUAGGGUGCUUGAUAGGUGAUACUAGGCAUACUAUUUAGAAGUGUAUAUUCAUUUCUAUGAAUUAAAGAGGAAAUUUAAUACA